AUGGCGCGUGCGGAGGGCCGGCCGCCCGAUGCGACGGACGCGCAUGCGACAGACGCGGCGCACGAAGAGGAUGCGACCGCGACACAGCUCAUGACCGAGGCGCCCCACCCGAUUGACCCAAAAGAGGCUCCUUUGUCCGCCCAACCCGCGCCAGGUGGAGCUUCGAGCGAGGCCGAGACCAUGUCGGGGCCGAUCACACCGCGCACACGCAAGGCGAGCUUGCUCAAUGCCGACAUCCCAAAGAGCACGCCGACACGGACGCUGCACACGUCCAAGUCCAUGUCGAAUAUCGCGACGCCGUCGCGCACACCGCUGCGACGCAAGCCGCGCAUGUCGUACAUCACCUCGCCGACCCACGCCGAGAACGAGCCGAGCCCACAGCGCCAGCGGAACGUGUCCGCGCCACUGAGCCCGGCAGCGAGCGCACACGUGCCGAAUGGCGCUGAAGUUGAGGCGCUCCUCACGUCAUGUGCAAACUACGCGCGGGGGCAGACGCCGAAACGGCCAGGGUCUUCGCUCCAUACCGACAUGCUCCAGGCGAUCGCCGCCAAGGAACGGCUAUGCCUCGAGCUGCGGGAACAGCUCAAUGCGGAGGAACAGCACCUCAACUCGCUGCGCAACGCGUGGCAGCGCCUCGCGGUGCGGGGCGGCGUCCAGAUUGUGCCCUCGCCGCCGCCCGCCUCGCGUGCGCACGGCCUUGCACGACAGCGCUCGACACUCUUUUCUCCGUCGAACGCACAGGCACGGCGCACGUCCGACGCCCCGCCACUGCCGAGCCAGCCACCGGCGCCGCGCACGCUACCGAGCCAGGCACCGGCGCCACGCACGCUGCCGAGCCAGGCACCGGCGCCGCGCGUCUCGGUCGGCCAGUCCCCGGCGCCGUCGCCGCGGCCGACACAGCCGAGCGGGCCGCCGCUGCCGAGCCAGGUGAUGAGCGCGGCAAAGCAGGGGCCUACCGACUCGCCGUCGUGGCGCGGCCUCACGCGUCUGCCGCACCAGCUCUCGUCGUUUAUGGACCAAAUUGCGCCGCCGGUCCAGGAUGAAGGGCCGGUACGCAACCCGACGCACGACAUUGCUAGCUGGCUCUCGGCGCGUGAGAAAGAGAGCCAAGGCCAGCCGUCGGCGCGCGUCGCGGCCGAUGCGCUGGGGCAGCCGACGGUGAAUACGUCGCCCAGCAAGAAGCGUAUGUCAGGGCUCAUGGAUUGGGCGCGCGAGGCGCCGCUCGUGCCGCCCAAGGACGAGGGCGACGUGGGUCUCAGCGACAAGCUCGUGACGGGCUGGAACGUGCUGUCCAAGCGCCUGAUUGAAAAGACGUCGAACCUCGCGGAUCCCACGACGUGGAACGCGGCCGACGGGCUGCUGGGGCCGCCGAGCAGCCGCGACUCGCAGGGCCGCGACCUAUGGGACGCUCCCGACUCGGCCUCGUCAGAAGAACCUGCGCGCCGCUCGAUGCACGGCGCGUCGCCGCUCAGUGCACGCUCGAGCGUGCUAGGCCUGCGUUCGAUGAUGCGCGACGCACGCCACGACGAGGACACGUCGCCGAUUCCUCCGCCCAAGCCGCCGCAAGUGCCGCCCAAGGGGCUGCCCGCGCAGCGUGCGCUCUCGACCUCGGAAGUGCCGUCGCGCCCUCCGGCGCAGCCCUUGCGGCCCGACCUAGAGAGCAGCGAGCUGGACGGCAGCGGCGAUGCGGGCGAUUCCUCGUAUCUGAUCGGAAUGGACGAUGCCGACGACUCUGACCGUGUCAGCAUUAUCGAUCACGCACCCGAGGACGUGUCUGUGCCUGUAACGAGCGCUGCGCAGGACACGGAGCCUGCACCGGGAGCUGCAACCGAGCGUGCUGCAACGAAACCUGCCGCAGCCGACCCCAUCGCAUCCUCGCCAGAUGCACCGGCGAGCGAGAGCGCCGACGCAAGAGCCCCUGCCACUGACUAG